CCCACUCUGCAGGAAAAGAAAUUGGCACGGAGAGAUUAGGUAGAUAUCGGGGGUCACAGCCGAUCCGCUGUGACCAGCCCAGCUCCCGGGCUCAGGAGCUCCCCUGAGGGACAUCUGGAGACCUUUCUCCGCCCUAGGCACCUCCUCUGUCUCUCAGCGCCCCGCCCUCCCAGCCCUGGGUCCCCUGGACGUGACUUUAGCCCCAUGUCCUUCAUGCUUCUGUGUUUCAUUCUCCUUUCUGGGAGAUUUCCUGGCCUUGCACUUCGACCGUUGCGUUGCAUUUUUAACUUCCACUAGCUCUUCGUAUUUUCUGUUCCUUUGUUCUAACAGCGUCCAGACCUCUUCCGGGGUGAGGACUCUCCUGCUCCCCCAGCACCUUCUGGGGGUGGUUUCCUCUGACUUCUGUGUCAUCCUGUUUCUUCCCUCUCCUCUUCCUCUGUGUGUGUGUGUCUCUGCAUGUGCGUGACUGAGUGUGUCUGUGUGUGUGUCUGUGUGCAUGCAUGACCAGGUGUGUGUCUGUGCGUGUGUGACUGUGUGUCUGUGCAAGACCAGGUAUGUGUCUGUGCGUGUGUGACUGAGUGUGUGUCUGUGCAUGACCAGGUGUGUGUCUGUGCGUGUGUGUGACCGAGUGUCUGUGUGUGUGCCUGUGCAUGUCCAUGACCAAGUGUGUGUCUGUGUAAGUGUGUAUAUGUGGGUCUGUGUGUGUCUGUGUGGGCGCCAAGCUCUCGCUCACCCUCAGAUUCCUGUUGGCCCACCAGGGCCACUCACUUCAGAGUGCUGUGGGCAGGUGCUGAAUGUCAGAAUGUUGGGGGUCCCGUAUCUCCAGCAGGACUCCUUGGACCUGCCACGGGUGCUGGGAACCAAGUGGGAAAGGGCUGGGGUCUCUCAGGCAAUGUGGAAAGUUGUGCACGCCCGCACACACACCCUCCCUGUUCUCAGCAGGCUCUCCCUUCUUCCCCGCCUGCUCCCGUGGUCAUGCUGACAGCUCUUCACAGUUCCUCUUCCGUCCUGAGUGGGCACCGAGGGUCAGUCAGCAUUUCUUGGUGACCAGCUUGUGUGUCUGCAGGAGCGGGAGCCCCGUCUCUGUCCUGCCAGCUCUUCAGUUGCUUGCCUUCCCACUGCUUGAGUGUUUUCAAUCCUUCAGAAAGUCCUUGCCUCCCAAACAGCCCCAAAACUGGGAAGGACCUGUCGAAAAUUCCCUGAAAUGUUCCCGAGUUGGCCACACGGGAAAAGGUGCUCAAAAGAAGGGAUUGUCCUGCGGGCAAGGCCCAGGCAGCAGUGAGGACACUCCUGGACACCUCGCUGCCCGGCCCUGCCUCAGACACAGAGCCACCCUCAACUCUGGGGAGGCACCUGUUCAGGGCCAGGGUGCCCCUCCCAACCCCCGCAGGCCUGACGGCGGCCCUCCUUACAGCCAGCACCGAGGCCGAGCACGGCAACACCAGGCAGACGGUCCUUGCAGGGGAGGCCUCGCCCGGGACAGACAGGAUGCAGAGAUGGCCCUGGUCCUGCGGGGCAUCAGGCCCCAUGGUCACCACAGAGACAGCGGCCAGCCACAAGCGGAAACCCAAGUCCAGGACCCCGGGAGGCGUCCCUCCCUGGGCAGGGUGGGCCUGACCUUGUGCCCAGUCCAAGGACUAGGACCACCAGCUGCCAGAAGGUCUCGCAGGGGGGUGGGGGCGACAUCUUCCCAGAGGCGCACCCGCCCCAGUGCCCCCACACCUGUGGCCCAAAGCUGCACCUGCUUCAACCACCGCCGGGGACUACCCACUUGGACCCAGGUCGGCGCGAAGAGAGGCAAGCAGUCAAGGAUUACAGGGGUCGGGCAGAGCCGUCCCCGGGUGCCAGGCAAAUGCAGGCCCCCACCAGGCCAGGGCCUCCCCAGGACAGGUGCCCCAUCCCAGGGAAGGUGUUCUCAUGGGGGGACCACACACAGCCCUGGGAGAGGAGCCAGCAGGAAGCCAUGCAUUGGGUGUGGGGUCUGGGCCAGCUGAGCAGGGCAGAGGACAGCAGAGUCAGGGUCUGAACAGGCACAGAGAGGGGAUACCGCUGCUGUCCACAGUGUUGGGGGGGGCCACCCCCAUGGGCAGCCACAGCAGGCAUGCCCCUGCCUGCCCUGGAACC